AUGACACACAACGACGACAACAACAACGCUCCUCCUCCACCCGCCGCUGCUGCCAGAGCUGCCAGCAUGAGCUCUGUGGGUCGAGCUUCCAAUUCGCAGUCCUCCAAUAGCUCGGGCUACACCACUCCGAGUCCUGGGAAUCCUCAUUUCCGGCGAGCCAGUAGUACCAGUAGUGGAGGAUCCUUUCGAGGCGGAUUGUUCCCACCGCCCACGUAUCCUGCGACGCGACGAACUAGCAGCGGCAGUCGAACUCCCCCGCCUCCAUCGGCAUCGACACGAGCGGCGUCGGCGGGGCUUCCCACCGUGGUCCAUCAUGACGACAUGGACGACCAAACGGCACUUUCCAGUAUCGUAGCUUCCACAACCGAAGAAGGAUUCGCCCCCUUUUCCCGUUUCCCAUUGGGUGUUUUAGAAGAAGCCGAUAAUACCGGCAUGAACAUGGCCACGGGCCACAACAACAGUGAAUUUGCCUGUCUCAGUGCCGCCGCUCAAUUGGCGCAAGAAUCCAACAUGGGAAAUAUGAUCGAGACGACUCGUAGUGCUCCCAAUCCAUACGAGUCGGGUGCUGGUGGAACAGGCAUGCACGUUCCCCCAAGCCGUGGUGAUCCCAACAGCAACUGGGAUGAUAUGGAAAUUGCCUUUCAAAAUCUCAUGUCGCCGUCCUCUCAAUUGGCCUUGGAAAUUCAUCAGUUACAGCCAAAACCGAACGGCGGCAACCGAAUGGAUCAUUCUGCCACCACACCCUGCGAACAACCACCCUGUCGAACGAGAGCGGCUGGAGACAAUGUGAAUUUUGAGCCCAUCAGUCAUCAGUGCCCGCCCCCUCCGCCGAUGAAUGACUACACACGGAUGCAGCAGACACUAGGAAUGACGGACCUGCCAGCCCCACCGGGAUCAACCAGUGCUACUCAAAGCGUUGCUAGCAUUGGUGGCAUGUCUCAACAGAGCGCUAGCCAAGCAUCUUCGAGUGCGGCUCCCCCCCGAAGCACCCUGUCCAUGCCAUCGUCGAGUAGUACAGACCAAGGACCUGCCUGCUCCCCCACCAAAAAUACUAACAAUACAAAGCUCCCUGCAUCAUCCAGCAGCACCAACAAUGGUGACCCUACAGCCGAAGAACAGUAUCAAAUAUGGAAACAAAUCCAAGAGGAACUAGAACGAAAAGAAAUGGAACUGGCGCUUCAAUUGUCGACUGCGAACGACGGAAGUAAUAACAACAAUGCAGGCAACGGUACUGCUAGCGGUGGUACCAGUGGUGGCGGCGGUGGUGGCUCUGCCUCCUACCCCUGUCAGAAUCCCAAGCCUCCGACAGCAGAAUCGGGCAGUGGCGGCGGUGCCAACGGAGAAGAGGAAAUUGACGAAGAGGAAGCUCUCAAGGUUGCUCUCAGAAUUUCGGAGGAAGAAGCAAAUGCCGCCACGAAUAAUGACAAUGACAACGAAGAAGACGAAAUCGCUCGGGCAUUGCGAUUAUCGGAAGAACAGGCAGAAGAAGAUCGGAGACGAUUGCAGCAACUACAAGAACAAGCGGGAGAAAUGUCAGAAGAAGAACAACUGCGACUUGCCAUCGAACAAUCGAUGCAGCAAGACGCCCAAUCCUCGGCGACCCCAGGAUCGUUCCGCCAGGAAGACCAAAACGAUGAUGGCGGUGUAGACGAGGAGAUGAGACGUGCUCUGGCGGAAUCAUUACAGCAACCUCACCAGCAGAACCAGUCGCUGCCGCAGCAUGUGGAGAACGAAAUAGAGUCUACGAACGUUGGUGAUGAUGAUGGUAUGGACGAAGACAUGAGACUGGCCCUGCGAUUGUCACAACAAAUGGAAGAAGAGGAACGCCGCCUUCGUGACGGCUUUGCUCCUCAAGAACCGCAAAUACCGCCGGAACAUUUGUCGGAUGGCAGAGCGGAUAGCUUCCGAGAUCACAUGCAAGCGUUUCCUGGUCAUGAAAUGUCGUCGUCUCGUGCCCCUGCAUCGAUGGACGACUCUGGAACCAUGCCUCCAAUACGACCAACUCAAGCACCGACCUCUCCUGGUCUGAACCAACCAAUGCGAAACCAACAACAGGCGGACAGGCCGGUCAGCCGUUGGAAGAACAGACUGAUGGGCGGCAGCAAUCACGAUAAUGACCACCCAAUGGACCCCUUGGAUAUCCCUGAUUCCAUUCCACCGCAUCAUCCGUCAAGAGAAGACAUACAAGAGCUGUCUCUUUCGCAGCAUCAGAAGCAAAACGCGUACUUGCAGAAUUACAAGGCGACACAAGGUGGGGGAAGAGUCCAUGCCCCAGAUGAUGGUAACGACAUGCCACCAGUGAGCCGACCACAAAGACGCGGCCAGCAGCAACAUUGGCCCCCUAGUGACCCUGGAGGUUGA